AUGUGGGAUCUCUAGCAUAAUUUUUCUAUAACUCUUUAAUAAUAAACAAAUUAGCCUUCUAAGUUUUUGAGUUAGGAAUGUUUAACCUGAAGUAGGAAAGGAGGGAAAGGCUAAGUUGAGUGGAAAUCUAGUUGGAGAAAGGGUACCCAAAAUACCACCAUGGGUUGAUGUUUAGGUGGUUGGUUGUGAAGACCUUAAUGAUUGUACAAAUCCUAAGCUUUGUUGUUAUUCCCUUUCUCCUCAAUUACUAUUUGGCUUGGAUUCAAAUCAUCAUGAUUUUAAUUCUUCAGUGUGAUUUUUCAUAUGCAAGCAAGUGCACAUCAUAUGCUCUCUCUCUAAUUAUUUUUACUUUCAGUUGGGUGCAGCAGAUUAUAUUGCAGUUGCCGAAAACUUUCACACUGUGUUCAUAUCUGAUAUUCCAGUAAUGAGUAUGCGCAUCCGUGACAAGGCACGGAGAUUUAUUACCCUUAUUGAUGAGUUAUACAAUCAUCAUUGCUGCCUAUGUUGUUUGGCAUCCUCUUCAAUUGAUGAAUUAUUUCAAGGAACUGAGGAGGGCACACUUUUUGACCUGGAAAGUUUCCAGUUCGAAACAGAGAUUGAUGGUGGGAAACUUCGUCGCAAUGUCUUGGCAGAAGGCAGGGUGAGCUCAGCAGGUGCCCCUUCUAGUAUCACAUCCAUACUAUCUGGUCAAGAAGAGUUGUUUGCUUUUCACAGAGCUGUCUCACGCCUGAUUGAAAUGCAAACUCCAUUAUACUUGGAUGGAGUAAGUGAUUUCCACCCCUAUUUUCAGAGGCAAUAUAAACAGUCACAACAAUUGUGACAGCCUAUAUUUUGAUUCGUUAACCUGAAGUUUUUAUUUUUUCUUUUUUAAUUUCCUUGUUCUGCCUGAAACUGUUGUCUGAUGUUAAAUUGACUUUAUAUAUUAGGUAUAAUAAUCUGUGAACAUUGGUGCAGUAGUAAGCAUCAUAGACUUGAGUGAUCAAAUUACAUGUUUAUUCUUUAGUCCUUACAAAUAAGGGAGGAAAAAGGUUACCUCCUACGUGGCAAUCAACCCCCUCAGUGAACAAAAUUUUCUGUAUCUAUUUUAAUAUAAUAUAUUUGAACAUGAUUUCGGAGGAA